AUGCGCGCAAAAUCGGACGUCUUGCUCGAACACUAUGGUGUAGAUUACGAGGAAUUUCAAAGCUAUGAAUACCAUGUGAAAUGGUUCAACGAAAGAAUGAAAGACCGCCCCAUCGAUCCGCCUCUCGAGCAUUGGGUAAAGAUGAAAUUUCCAUAUGAAGCUCCUGAGCACCCGCCCUUGCCUUCCAUGGAAGAGAUUUCACACGGAAUGGUGCACAGUUCUAUAGCACAAAACGUUGGGCUCCACCCAGUAUGCAGACUUGGAGAUUGCGUUGUCAAACAAGGACGAGAAGGGGACAUCUUCCAGGAGGCAGAGAAUCUGCUAUAUCUACAAGAACACUCCCAGGUCCGAACGCCUAAGCUCUACGCCGCUUUUCUCCACCACCUCCCUGAUGAUCCUGUGCCGAUUUACUAUAUCAUCACAGAGUAUCUUGAAGGCGCUACUCUAACGCAUAAAUUAUAUUCAAGCUUGGGAGAUGAGGAACAGGAAGCUUUAUGCGCAAGGAUUUCAGAGCAAUUUAUGCUUCUUCGAUCAGUUCCAUCAGAGGGAUACUAUGGCCGAGUGUAUUACCAAGGUGUGGACCCCAUGACUUCCAUCUUUCGUCUCGCUGGCAAAGGAAUGAAUGGCCCAUACAACACC